AUGAAGGUCUCCGCUGUUGCCGUCCCGGUUCUCGCUGGCCUCGUCAGCGCCGGCCCCGUCGAGGUCGAGGCUCGCCAGUCAUGCCCCGAGGUCCACGUGUUUGGAGCCCGUGAGACGACCGCCCCCGCCGGUUACGGCACCUCGGAAGGGCUCGUCAACAUGGUGAAGCAGGCCUACUCCGGCGCCACUAGCGAGGCCAUCGACUACCCAGCCUGUGGUGGUCAAUCCCAGUGCGGCGGCGUCAGCUAUGACCAGUCGGCGAGCCAAGGCACGUCGGCCGUCGUCUCGGCUGUCACGAGCUUCAACCAGCGCUGCCCGGACACUAAGAUUGUUCUCAUCGGCUACUCGCAGGGCGGUCAGAUCAUGGACAAUGCCCUUUGCGGAGGCGCCGGUGCCACCCUUACCGGUGAGCCUCUCGCCGCCGUCAAGGCCGCCAUCUUCAUGGGCGACCCGCACAACGUUGUCGGCCUCCCGUACAACGUCGGCACAUGCCAGGCCCAGGGCUUCGCUGCCCGCCCCAGCGGCUUCCAGUGCUCGCCGGCCAGCCCGGACAUCAUCCAGUCGUACUGCGACUCGCCCGACCCGUACUGCUGCACCGGCAACGAUGCGAACUCGCACCAGCAGUACGUCACCAAGUACGGACAGCAGGCGCUCACCUUCAUCCAGGGACUCGUCGACGCGGCCUAA